AUGCGAAGCACGAGGUUCGCGUCACUGCAAGAAGAUGAAGAUCGUUGGUUUCAUGACAGAACGACGCCAUCAGACAGCGACUAUCAGAUCAUCGUCCGCAAGCCACCGCCAUCAGGCCACUGUUAUCAGGUCACCGUCAUCCGGUCACCGUCAUCCGGUCACCGCCAUCUAGGCACCGCCAUCCGGGCACCGCCAUCCGGGCACCGCCAUCCGGGCACCGCCAUCCGGGCACCGCCAUCCGGGCACCGCCAUCCGGGCACCGCCAUCCGGGCACCGCCAUCCGGGCACCGCCAUCCGGGCACCGCCAUCCGGGCACCGCCAUCCGGGCACCGCCAUCCGGGCACCGCCAUCCGGGCACCGCCAUCCGGGCACCGCCAUCCGGGCACCGCCAUCCGGGCACCACCAUCCGGGCACCGCCAUCCGGGCACCGCCUUCUGGGCACCACCAUCCGGGAACCGCCAUCUGGCCACUGCUACCAGGCCACCGCCAGCAGGCCACCGCCAACAGGCCACCGCCAGCAGGCCACCGCCAGCAGGCCACCGCCAGCAGGCCACCGCCAGCAGGCCACCGCCAGCAGGCCACCGCCAGCAGGCCACCGCCAGCAGGCCACCGCCAGCAGGCCACCGUCAGCAGGCCACCGCCAGCAGGCCACCGCCAGCAGGCCACCGCCAGCAGGCCACCGCCAGCAGGCCACCGUUAUCCGGUCACCGCCAUCUGGGCACCGCCAUCUGGGCACCGCCAUCUGGGCACCUCCAUCUGGCCACCGCCAGCAGGCCACCGCCAGCAGGCCACCGCCAGCAGGCCACUGCCAUCUGGCCACCGCCAUCUGGCCACCGCCAUCUGGCCACCGCCAUCCGGCCACCGCCAUAG